AUGGCCUCCUCAAACACCUCUUCCCCUGACUACGACGAGAGCGCCGCCUCGCUGAUCUUCGAGAUCUUCUUGGCAAUCCGGCCUCAGUACGCGCCGUUCCGCCUCACACUGGGCACCUGGGAGAACGACAUCGUGCCGGCCGAAGACAACGCCUCCCAAACAGUCCCUUAUUAUCACUACGAGGCAGAGUGGACCGCCGAGUGGACACCGCCAGACCUCGACCUCAAGAUCCUCAACACAAUCUUUUGUCACAAUCAGUGUGACGACGUGCCCGUCGUCCUAGGGCCGAUCAUCAGCGACCUCCUUGGCCACAAUGGCUCGCCCGAAGUGCUCUCGCUGCACAUGCUGCCAAAGUCCUGGCUGGUCACGGGGGGGCAGCCCUUGUUGCAGGCGGAUGGACUCCGAAGGGCACACACGGUGGUGAAGGUUGGGGCGAUUUUCUACGACAUAACGGGAGGGCAAUUCGGGGUCACCAAGCUUCGAGUGCCGGAAGAGGAGUACCGCCGGGAGUACGUGGUGUCUGAGUACGGAGACGGCGCCAGCAUGACGCUGGAGGAGGCAGCGUCGUUGUUGCUGGCCUCGGACCGCCCAAACCGCGCGUACUGGAACCCGCUGUUCCUCAAGCUCCGAGGCAAUCUGGACACUGCCUUCAAGGCGUGGAUGACAGAGCGUGACCUCACGAAGGAACAAGUGGUUCUUGACCCCGUUCGCCGACGAGAAGUAGUGGAACUUUUCCGCGCCGCUACCACGACGACUAGGGUGGAGUUCAACGUGGAGUGGUACCUCGGGGGGCUUGGUGGGUAG